AUGUCUGAUCGGAUCUUCUAUAUUCACUCUAACUUGUCCUCUGUCCCCUGGGAGGGCAGCGCAGCAGUAGCAGUGGCUCCCAUCUCUCCUCCUACACCUGGUCACUACCAUGUCCUCUACCGAGGGUGUGGAGAAACCCAAGUGGGCUGGCAUGGAGAGACAUACUGCCUGGUUGGUGGCUACCGGGCCUAUGGGGAUGCUCCUGUGUCCACCCCAACAAAGGCAGAAGCAGAGAAGCCAGUCCCCAGCCGCGCUCCCAAGAGACGGCGACCUCUGGCAGAAUCAGACAAAGACCUAGGUUGUUCCAGCCCCAAAAUUCGGCGACUGCAGCAUAGUGGCAGGAGAAUGACCCCGCAGAAGCUUGCUGGCUGA